AUGGAGAAGGGCGUGUUAGAACAAGACCGCGCUGCCUCUUGUCAUCUCUCUCCAAGUUCAGGGGAGAACAAGCAUGGUGGCUUCUUUUCCAACAUGCAAGUUAAAGACAAGAAGCUCAGAUUGUUCGGCUUUGAUGUCGAUCCACAUCCAAAUUAUGCCAUGGCUGAGAAUGACAAAGGAGAUGAAAAUGCAAUUUCUGCACAUGCAGGAGAGAAACAUGUCAAGGAGAGAAACAUGAGGUAUGAGUGUCAAUUCUGUUACAAGAAGUUUACGAGCUCACAGGCUUUGGGAGGCCAUCAAAAUGCCCACAAGAAGGAGAGGUUGAAGAAGAGAAGACAGCAAUUCGAGGCGAAGAAAGCAAGCAUCAAUUUCCACCUUCAACCUUUCCAAUUUUCUUCGAGGUAUUAUAACCCUGCCUGCUACACACCAGAGUUCAAAAAACCACACUUCAAUGGAAGCCAUGAUUUGUAUUCAUUUGGCCUACAAAUUUGUGUUCCAUUCCAAGAAAGUUCAGGCACAAACAAGUAUGACAAGAACAAUCCCUUUAUAAUUAGGCCUGCAGAAUUGCCUGAUUCCAAGCAGAGUUGUGAAAUAUUAGAUUUCCAGCUAGGGUUUGUUGCAAAAAUAUGA